AUGCCCCGCGCUCGUAGAUCCAAUCGCUUAUCUGGUGCGCCGAAGAAAUACGUCGAGGAUCCUUUUGCUAGCGAGGAGUCGGAGUCAAACUCCGUAGAAGAGACGGGGGCCCUCUCACGAAACAAGGGCAAGCAGCCGGUGCAUCAAGAGUCCUCUGAUGAGGAGUUCCAAGCACCACCUGGGGAAAAUGAAGACGAAGAAGAAGAAGCAGAAGAAGGAGGAGAAGAAGAAGAAGACGGCGACGAGGAUGAUGAAGGCGUCGCACCCGAAAUUGAGGAUGAGGAAGAUGGGGACGGGCAGGGGGGAGGAGGAGGUCCUCUGCAGCGUCGUAAAAAGGCACUGACUUUCUCUCAACCGCGAUACAACAAAAAGCGCCACGCGGAUGGCACAAUUGCUCUUUCUGGGGAAGAGAUGCACUCGCGAGGUACCUGGAAUCCCACGGAGCAUGUGGCUAAGUCGGUGCAUCUCCAGGUUGUCUUUGGUAUUGAUGACAGAGACCUCCUGGCUAUUCUGUAUUCCAGGAGUCGGUGGCACCGGGGCCUUGACUCUGGGUUCCCAAGUCGCGCCUCCUUGAAUGAGGCGCAGAAACUACCAGACUAUACCUAUGGCGCGACGUUCGGUCUGGAGCCAGAGGACCUGAAGAGGGAAAGCACUCGUGGCUGGGACUGGUACUAUGGACAUGGAGCCGGGGAACGGUUUGGAAAACGACAGCGGAUUGAACGCAUCAAGGAAAAGGAGGCUCGUCAAAUUUACAUGCCUACGCCUAAGCAAGGGAAACAUACCGUCCUGGUUGGGCCCGCAAAUGAUCAAAGAGCAUACACCAUAGGACAGAACGAGUCCUUUGAUUUUGGGGAUGCAUGGACGGGUGCGUCCCAACAGAAGAACCAGAAAGAAACAGGCAAGGUGUCCGCCACGGACUCAUCGAAAUCAAAAGGACUGAAGAAGAAGAAACGACAAGGCUGGAUUAUCAAUGUCGGCAACCGCAUCCAGUGCAUGGCGUGGGCUCCGAAUCACAACGGGCUUAACCAGUAUCUGGCGAUUGUUGCUCCGAUCUCGAAGGAGCAAAAAGAGAUGUACCCUGAUCCGUUGAAGGACCACGCCGCCCCAGCAUUCAGGGCGUCAGCGCCGUACCCAUGUGCUCUGCAGCUUUGGGCUUUCAAGGCUGAGAAGGGCGAAUCUCUCACAAGGACUAUUGAUAUGGGCUUCAAGCCACGGUUACGUCUAGCUUUGUGCACCAAUUGGGGUGACUUGAGGCGGAUGGCUUGGUGCCCCAUGACCCGGGAACCGCGGGAUGAAGAUGAGGAAGAUACGCUCAGGAACGUCGGGCUUCUUGCCGGAGUAUGGGGUGAUGGCUAUGUUCGCGUUAUUGAUGUUAAAUCUAGCCGGGAUCCCAACGAAACUGAUUUUUAUAGAGUUGACUCUCCGGUAUUCGAAGCUAAGCCUCCAUCGACCGUGUGUACCUGCGUAGCAUGGCUGUCUCCAAGCGACAUUGCUGUUGGCUGUGCGAACGGGUUUAUAGCUGUUUGGAGCAUCGCGUCUGGCGUGGUGCAGGCCGUACCCCAGGCAUCUCAAAUUAACGCCCUCCCCUAUUUUUAUGAGCCAGUUCAUUCAACAUACGUCCUUAGUGUCUCCUCUGCGUAUCCAACCCACCCUCUUCUAGUGGGGAGCACAUCUAUGGACGGGGAAACACGGCUGUCAUCACUUCUCGAUUACCAGAAAGACACGGUGGAAACUACACGCAUGCGGGUUGGAUCGCCUCACCUAUCAUAUUCGCCCUGGUUACAGUCUUUCAUCUCUAGCGAUGAAAAUGACUUUGUAAGGCUGUUGACUGUGCGUCGGUUUUUCACGACAACAGCGGUUGCCAGGCUCCCCAGUACUGUUUCCACCCUGGCGUCGUGCAGCUCCUGGCAUCCGACUCUACUUCUCGGAUGCACUGGAGGAGCGGUGAUUGCAACGAAUCCCCUGCGAAGGCUUCUGCAUGCCAAGGAGAAGCAGUGGCAGCAAACUUGGUUCUCCCAUACCUGGACACGAGGGGAUGAUUCAAGCGGCUCGGGGACAAGUCGGUUCCACGACGGCUACCGGGCCGAGAGUAUUCGUCUUCUGCGCAACAUGAUUGGAGAUCGCAAACUGAUCAAUGGUACAAUGGUGAUUACUAUUUUUGAGGAAGAGACCCACGUCACGGCGCUGGCGUGGAAUCCCAAUCAGUCAUAUGCGGGAUGGGCUGGUGCUGGUGUGGGGUGCGGGUUGGUCCGAGUUGAGGACGUUGCGAUAUAA